AAUGUCGAGUGGUCGAAGCACUCACUGGUGCCACAGAUGCCAACGCGGUGUCUACCUACGCGGUCCAGAUUCCCUCUGUACCUAUUGUGGAGGAGGGUUUGUCGAGGAAAUCGAUGUACCACCACCACCACCCAUUGAUACGCUUAGACCCCACAGAGAUGUUGAACGCGGUCCAACGUAUGAUCUCAUGGAAGCUUUCUCAGCUUUCAUGAGAAGCCGCUUAGCCGAAAGAAGCCACGACCGAGAUAUCACCACAAGAAUCACCUCUAGUGGUGGUGGUUCAGAAAGCUUCUCGAGUAUAGCUCCUUUCUUGAUCUUCGGUGGCCAAGCUAAUAACACAUCAGUCGAAGCCUUGCUAAACACCUCACCUGGUAUCGGCAUCACUCGUGGUGGAAACACCAAUGCUGGUGACUACUUCUACGGACCUGGUCUCGAAGAACUGAUCGAGCAGCUUUCCUCGUCUGGGGGGACUACUACUCACCAUCGAGGCCCACCGCCUGCGGCGAAAUCAUCUAUCGACGCGUUACCGACGGUCAAGAUCACGCAGAAGCAUCUCAAGUCGUCGGACUCUCACUGUCCGGUUUGCAAAGACGAGUUCGAGCUCAAGUCGGAAGCGAAACAGAUGCCGUGUAAACAUGUUUAUCAUUCCGACUGCAUCGUCCCGUGGCUGGUUCAGCACAACACGUGCCCGGUUUGUCGUAAAGAGUUGCCGUCGUCGAGAGGGUCGUCUUCGAGCACACAGGGUGAUCAGAGUAGAGGCGGCGGCGGGAGCAGGAGAAGGAACCCUUUCUCUAGUCUCUGGCCGUUCCGGUCGUCGUCUAGCUCGAGGGAUAGCCAGAACCGGAGAGAUACGAACAGCACAGCGGGUGCAGAAGAAGGAGGGCAGUCUAAUUACCAUCACCAGCUACAACAACAACAUGAGCAACAACAGUCACAUAUGGGUUAUAGUGGAUGGCCUUUUGACUAUUAAAAGGGUAAAAAAAAAUCUAGAAACUUUAACUACUUGUUAAGGCCUUUUUAUUUUAUUUCAACUUUGUCUUGUUCUGUCUGUUCUUUUCACUUGACUUUGUUCAUUGUUUUUACUUGUAGAUCUUUAUGUUCUCUUUGGCUUAUGGUUUAUCAACUUUGUUUUUUCUUUAACUUAAUGGAUUAUUAUAUAAUCA